GUUCUGUUAAGAAAAAAAAUGGACACCACUGCUGCUUCUGUCACUACGCAUGAAUUUGCGACUACAAUGAAACAUCACGACAUGAAAAAACCGAUGUGGAUGUGGUUCCAUACCAAAGUCAACGACUUGGUACUCUUCGAUUUUUGGAUUGUUACUACCCCUGGAGAAAUGAUAUGGACAUGCUUGGUAAUAAUGGUUCUGGGAGUUUUGCUCGAAUUUAUUCGAUAUGCACGGUGGCGUAUGGAGCUGGCAAACCGAAAAGAGCUUAUGCUGUCCACAAACUAUGUUACACGCCUGUUCUCGUUUUCUCAUCUUCUCCAAACAUUUUGUUUCGGAGUACAACUGAUACUUAGCUAUUUGCUUAUGCUCGUAUUCAUGACAUUUUCCGUAUGGCUUGGAUUGGCAGUGUGCAUAGGAGCUGGUAUCGGCUUUCUACUAUUUGGCUCAAGAACGGUGACACAAGCGGAAUUAGAAGAAAUGCACGGCGAUAAAUGUUGUUAAAAUGAUCUCACAUG